AUGACAGCAACUACCGGUUAUCUUCCACUCUGCAGCUCUGAUGCGUAUCGGAUUCAAGAGGCUCAGGUUGCCUUGAAAUAUGGCAGUAAUUUCUACGUUGAUAAGUACAAUGAUGCCAGUGCAGGAUGGACAAUGAUAGCUGCUAUUCUAAUUUUUUUCAUGAAAGCGGGCUUUCUUUUCGUGGAGACCACAUUUCUCUCUGAAGAGAGCCAUAGAGGAAGAGUCAUCAUUAGUAAAUAUUUGGACACCUGCUCCAGUGCAAUUGCUUUUUGGCUCUUUGGGUUUGCUUUCGCAAUUGGAUUGAACCCUGCUGUGUUAGGAGAAAGUCGAGAUUACAUACUCUGGUUUUUCAGAUUUACAUUUGCUAGCAACACAGCAACAAUCAUCGGAGGAACUCUUAUUGGAGCAAGAAGAAAGAUGAAACUGAUCGCUGUCUUGGUCUACUCCUUCAUGAUCAGCAGCAUCAUACACCCAGCAGUCGCCUACCAAAUAUGGAGUAACGACGGUGGGCUUUCUCCAUUCAAAUUUUGCAAUGGAACCAUCGGUUCUGUUGUUAACGGAACGGUGAGACUCGAACACAUUCUAACAGAGCGGCCGUCGUCUUGGUUUGUUCUGGAUUUCGCUGGUUCCGGAGCCGUACAUCUUUUAGGAGGUAUGGGUGGCCUUCUUCUUACUCUUUUCUAUAAAUUUGAACAAUGGUGGGAUAAGCGUCAAAAGGAAGGAAACAAGAAGAUGGCAUCGCCGUCUACUGAAACUGAUUCCUCCCGUUCUAUGGAAUCGUCAGAAGAUCCGAAGCCAAAAAAAGGUUUUAUAGAUUGGAUGUAUCACGUGGAGUGUGAGAUUGUAGAGUAUGCAGCGUUGGGUGUUCUCAUUCUAUGGACAACAUGGUUUGCCUUCAACUGUGGAUCUACCGAAAGUAUUUCUGGUGGAAGCAGUGGUCUACACUCGUUCAAAAUUUAUCACGCCGUAGUGGGGCGAAUUGCACUCAACAUGGUCGUGUGUGCAGGCUCUGGUGGUCUGUUGGCCAUCGGUAUCGCUGGUUUUGUGCAGGCAAUCAAGAAAACUGAUCGCAUUAAUACCAAUGAAGUCGCCAACGGCAUUUUGUCUUGCUUGGUAGCUAUCACGGGAUGUUGUGCUUUUGUAACACCACAUGCUGCUUUUGGAAUUGGAUUAUUUGCGAUCUUCUUCUAUCAUCUGGGAUGUUACAUUGAAUUCAUCUUGGAUCUGGAAGAUACCGCCAGAGUCGUUCCUGUUCAUGCUUGGAGUGGCAUGUUGGGACUUUUGGCAAGCUCUCUGGCUGACAACAAUUAUCUGAGAGAAGUCUAUGAAAACGUUUGUUAUUGUCAAAACCUCAACUUGUCUGACUUUGGCAUCAGUUUUGGAUUGUUGCUCCGUAACCAGUUGGUUGGCAUGCUACUCAUUAUUGUGUGGAGCUGUGUUACUAUUGCCCCGCUGUUUUUCCUGCUGUCUGUCAUUAGGAGCAACAAUAUCUCCAAGCUGUUGCGAAAAAAACCGUUUCCAACAAACCACCUAAUGUGGAGGUUGUUUGGUGGCGGUGCCCUCCUUACUUUGAGUUACGAUGCUAAAGCAAUGGAAAUGGACGACAUGGGCGACAUAGGCGACACGGAUGACAUGGACAAUUCUACCAUGGCCAAGAACAACAAUUAAACUAUAACUUUCUACUUUUCUGCUUUCUUGUUUGUAGUUGAAAUGAACUAGUGUUUUGCUCUUGCAUUGCACUAUAGGCAUUUUGACGUAUAUGCAUGGGUUUAGAUGUUACUGCCUAGAGUUAGCAUCAGUCGUGAA